AAGGCCCAGCCUGCCUUGGCCUGGCACGGCUGCACUGCCAGCGGGUCCUUGCUAAGGCGGAAGGACUCUGAGGCCCAACCUCCGUCCGGGAUGGAGCCGCGCUCCGGGACGCGUCUCCUCCGUGUCCGGGGGACCGACUUUGCCCGGACGGUCUGAAGUGCGGCCGCCCUGGGGAGGGUGGACGGGCAGGGCGGGGCCGAGCCGCUGGCUGACCUUGGCAGGCCGCAUCUGGCGCGGCUGCCACCACGCGCAGCUGGGUGCGGUGGCGCAUGCCUGGCAUCCUGGCCCUGAGGAGGAACAGGUAGAUCAAGACCAGCUAUGGCUACAUAAUGUUUUCACGUCAGCGAACAUUCACUGAGCAUCUACUACGUACAAGGAAUCAAAGAAGAGUCCUCCCUUCUCUUGUGUGCGGGCUCAUCCCCAGCUGAGAAACCAGAAAGAACCCCUCUGAAGCCCAGGGGAGAAGUUGUUGGUCCCUGGUCCUAAAGGGAUUAUGUGCCUGCCAAGCAGUGAGCAGUGAGGCCAGCUCUCUCUGAACACCCCCACUGCCUGUUUCCUUCAGCAAAGAAGAAGGGGCCCCCCUCUCUGACACUUGAUUUGGAUCUCAGGACGGAGAUGAACAUCUGCAACAAACCCUCCAACAAGACAGCCCCCGAGAAGAGUGUGUGGACAGCGCCCUCACAGGACAGUGGGCCUUCCCCAGAACUGCAGGGCCAGCGCUCUCGAAGGAAUGGAUGGAGCUGGCCGCCCCACCCGCUCCAGAUUGUGGCCUGGCUGCUCUACCUCUUCUUCGCGGUGAUUGGCUUUGGGGUCCUUGUUCCCCUCUUGCCUCACCACUGGGUGCCUGCUGGCUAUGCUUGCAUGGGGGCCAUCUUUGCUGGCCACCUUGUGGUGCACCUGACUGCUGUCUCCAUCGAUCCAGCAGAUGCCAAUGUGCGGGACAAGAGCUACUCUGGGCCCCUGCCCAUCUUCAACCGCAGCCAGCAUGCGCAUGUCAUUGAAGACCUGCACUGCAACCUAUGCGACGUGGACGUGAGUGCGCGAUCCAAACACUGCAGCGCCUGCAAUAAGUGCGUAUGCGGCUUCGAUCACCAUUGCAAGUGGCUCAACAACUGCGUGGGCGAGAGGAACUAUCGGCUCUUUCUACACAGUGUGGCAUCUGCUUUAUUGGGUGUCCUGCUCCUGGUGCUGGUGGCCACUUAUGUCUUCGUGGAGUUCUUUGUCAACCCCAUGCGACUUCGUACCAACCAACACUUUGAAGUCUUGAAGAACCACACGGAUGUGUGGUUUGUGUUCUUGCCUGCUGCCCCUGUGGAGACCCAGGCUCCUGCCAUCCUGGCCCUGGCCGCCCUGCUCAUCCUUCUGGGCCUGCUUUCUACAGCCCUGCUUGGCCACCUGCUCUGCUUCCACAUUUAUCUAAUGUGGCACAAGCUCACCACCUAUGAAUACAUCGUGCAGCACCGUCCAGCUCAGGAAGCAAAGGAGACCCACAAGGAGCUGGAGUCAUGCCCCCGCAAGGUGCGGUCCAUUCAGGAGAUGGAGUUCUACAUGAGGACCUUCAGCCAUGUGCGUCCAGAGCCCUCUGGCCAGGCUAGGACAGCAGCAUUAAAUGCCAAUCCUUCCCAGUUUCUUGCCACCCAAGGCCAAGUGGAACCACCACUACCCUCCUCCUCAGACACACUGGCUCUGCCUCCACGGAUCCAACCCCAGAAAAAGAGGAAGCGGCGAGUGUAUAGAUUGCCCAGGUCUGGGGUCUUGGACCGAGAGCUCCCACUGCCCAGGUUACGGGAGACUGGGACUCCUAGCCGCCGCUCCAGCUCUUCAUCUGAUUCCACCAGUGCCAGCCCAGUGCAUGCUGGUGGCUCUGCAGGCGCCUACUACUCGGCAUCAGCUGAGUCCAUGGAAGAGAUUCCAGUGGCCCAGACGCGCCUGGGCAGUGCCGCACUGGGUGCCCCAGGAGCCAGGGGUCGAGAGUCUGGGCUGGCUCUACAGGCACGUUCGCCUGCUGUUUUUGUGAGCCCGAGCAGUGGCGAGCCCGGAACACCUGGAGGCGGCGACGGCCUGCCUUAGCCCACUAAGGCUAAGGACUAGAGGCAGGAGGGCCUUGACUCUAUGCAACACCCCACAUUCGCGUAACGAGUGCACUUUAGGGACCUCAAGGUCGACAGGAUCGGCCUUCCUUACCCAAGACUCAGCAAUAUCCGCUCCACCAGCCCUGAUGCCCCAAUAAACUUUUUUUUUUUUUUAA